AUGUUCGGCUCUCCUUACCGUCAGGCUGCUCCCGUUAUGGCCGAGCGCGCCCCCGGCAAGAUCACUCUUUACUUCCACAAGAGACAAACUCCUCCUACCCUCCCCUAUGAACUCCAUAACCACGUCUCCCCGGACACUUGGGCGAGCCGCGUGCCGCAGAUCCUGCGUCUGACGGCGCGCUACCAGCAGCCUCUCCUCGAGGCUGUCUGGAUCUUGCUCUUCUUUGUCGCCGCUAUUGCGGUCCCCAUGGCUCUCCGCUCAACCAUCUACGGCAACCUCCGCACCUCGAUCUACACCGCGCACUUCAUCUCCCUCGGCAUCUUCCUUGCUAUCGCACUCGUCUUCUGGGCCCCGCUCAUCGCAUGGAAGAUGCUCGGUCAGCAAUACGCGAACGUUCUCGCGCGCCGCUGGGCCGCAGAAGAUACCCGCCUUAGCGGGAGCCGGUACAACGGUUACGUGCCGCUUUGGUCGAUCCGCCUCCCAGGAGUGCUCAGCAGCCAGACGAUCGUUACGAUUAACGUGCCGCAGCUCGGCCCGCCCACGAGCCCCUACGACGCACAGGCAUACCUCCCAAAUUGGGUUGGCCCCGCGCAGAACCAGGGCAGUCCGUUCGAGGACAGAUAUGCGACGGACCUCAAGCGCCCAUCGUCGCUCGAUGCGCUUCCGUUGUACGACGGACGCAACGCGCCACUCAACCUCGACGAGAAGGCUCCCGGUUACUACAACGGCGGUCAUCAGGUCUAA